AGCGCCUGCGCGCGCGGCCGUCGGCUCCCGAACUAGUUUUGUUCGGGCGGGUAGGGGGAAAGGUCCUCGGGAUAGGAACCCCUCGGAGAGAACCCUCGGCAGGACCAACGCGACCCCCGCCGGCACCGCGGCAAUGUCCAGCAACAGUUUCGCUUACAAUGAGCAGUCCGGAGGAGGGGAGGCGGCGGAGCUGGGGCAGGAGGCGACCUCCACCAUUUCACCCGCCGGCGCCUUCGGCCUCUUUAGCAGCGACCUGAAGAAGAAUGAAGACCUAAAACAAAUGUUGGAGAGCAACAAAGACUCAGCUAAGUUGGAGGCUAUGAAACGGAUUGUUGGGAUGAUUGCAAAAGGGAAAAAUGCAUCUGAACUCUUUCCUGCUGUUGUGAAGAAUGUGGCCAGUAAAAAUAUUGAGAUCAAGAAGUUGGUAUAUGUUUAUCUGGUCCGAUAUGCUGAAGAACAGCAGGAUUUGGCACUCUUGUCCAUAAGCACUUUUCAGCGCGCUUUGAAGGAUCCAAAUCAACUAAUCCGUGCAAGUGCUUUGAGAGUUCUGUCAAGUAUCAGAGUGCCAAUUAUUGUUCCUAUCAUGAUGCUUGCUAUUAAGGAAGCUGCUGCUGACUUAUCACCAUAUGUUAGGAAAAAUGCAGCCCAUGCAAUACAGAAAUUGUACAGUCUUGAUCCAGAGCAGAAGGAAAUGUUAAUUGAAGUAAUUGAAAAGCUUCUAAAAGAUAAAAGUACUUUGGUAGCUGGCAGUGUUGUGAUGGCUUUUGAAGAAGUAUGUCCUGAUAGAAUAGAUCUGAUUCACAAGAAUUACCGCAAACUAUGUAACUUACUGGUGGAUGUAGAAGAAUGGGGACAGGUUGUCAUAAUCCAUAUGCUAACUCGCUAUGCUCGUACACAGUUUGUCAGUCCUUGGAAGGAGGAUGAUGUUUUAGAAGACAAUGAAAAGAAUUUCUAUGAAUCUGAUGAUGAACAGGAAGAAAAGACUGACAAAAAGAAGAAGCCGUACACUAUGGAUCCAGACCACAGGCUGUUAAUUAGAAAUACGAAGCCUUUACUGCAGAGCAGGAAUGCAGCAGUGGUGAUGGCAGUUGCUCAGCUGUACUGGCACAUAUCACCAAAGUCAGAAGCUGGCAUUAUUUCUAAAUCCCUAGUGCGCUUACUUCGUAGCAAUAGGGAAGUGCAAUAUAUUGUCCUACAAAAUAUAGCAACUAUGUCAAUUCAAAGAAAGGGUAUGUUUGAGCCUUAUCUGAAGAGUUUCUAUGUUAGGUCAACUGAUCCAACUAUGAUCAAAACACUAAAGCUUGAAAUUUUGACAAACUUGGCAAAUGAAGCCAACAUAUCUACUCUUCUUCGAGAAUUCCAGACCUAUGUGAAAAGCCAGGAUAAGCAAUUUGCAGCAGCCACUAUUCAGACUAUCGGCAGAUGUGCAACCAACAUCUCAGAAGUCUCAGACACCUGCCUCAAUGGCCUGGUCUGUCUACUGUCCAACAAAGAUGAAAUAGUUGUUGCUGAAAGUGUGGUUGUUAUAAAGAAAUUACUGCAAAUGCAACCUGCACAACAUGGUGAGAUAAUUAAACAUAUGGCUAAACUCUUGGACAGUAUCACUGUUCCUGUGGCUAGAGCAAGUAUUCUUUGGCUGAUUGGAGAAAACUGUGAACGAGUUCCUAAAAUUGCCCCUGAUGUUUUGAGGAAGAUGGCUAAAAGUUUCACUAGUGAAGAUGAUCUGGUAAAGCUGCAGAUUUUAAAUCUGGGAGCAAAGCUAUAUUUAACCAACUCCAAACAGACAAAAUUGCUUACCCAGUACAUAUUAAAUCUCGGCAAGUAUGAUCAAAACUAUGACAUCAGAGACCGUACAAGAUUUAUUAGGCAGCUUAUUGUUCCGAAUGAGAAGAGUGGAGCUUUAAGUAAAUAUGCCAAAAAAAUAUUCCUGGCGCAAAAACCUGCACCGCUGCUUGAGUCUCCUUUUAAAGAUAGGGAUCAUUUCCAGCUUGGCACCCUAUCUCAUACUCUCAACAUUAAGGCUUCUGGGUACCUGGAAUUAUCUAAUUGGCCAGAGGUGGCGCCUGACCCGUCAGUUCGAAAUGUAGAAGUAAUAGAGUUGGCAAAAGAAUGGAUUCCAUCAGGAAAAGCAAAGAAAGAAAGUCCUGCUAAAAAAUUUUAUUCUGAAUCUGAAGAAGAACAGGACUCCGCUGAUAGCAGCAGUGACAGUGAGAGUGAAUCUGGAAGUGACAGUGAAGAGGAAGGAGACAGCAAUGAAGACAGCAGUGAGGACACCUUCAGUGAGGAGAGUGAGAAUGCAAGUGAAUCAGAAGCAGAAAAUGAAAUAACAGCCAAGAGGAACUCCAAAGCCAAAAGAAAAAGUGAUUUAGAGGAUGGCGAGAAGCAAAAUGAGACACCUAAAACUUCAGAUUCUUCUGAUGCUGAAUCUAGUUUAGAAGAAAGCUCAGAUUCUGAAUCAGAAUCAGAAUCUGAAAGUGACUCUGACUCCAGAAAAGUCACUAAGGAAAAAGGAAAAAAAGGUCAACAAGAUAGAAAUCCUCUAACCAAAGAUAUUUCACUUCUAGAUCUAGAUGAUUUCAGUCCAGCAUCUACUCCAAUCUCAUUUCCCACACCAGUUCUCUCUCCAAGUGUGAUCACUGAUCUUGAAGGCUUAAACUUGUCCACUUCUUCUUCAGCCAUCAAUGUUGCUACUCCUGUCUUUGUACCAAUGAAAACACAUGUUCUGCUUCAUCGAAUGAGUGGAAAAGGACUGGCUGCCCACUAUUUCUUUCCAAGACAACCUUCCAUUUUUGGUGAUAAGAUGGUCUCUGUGCAAGUAACACUGAAUAAUACUUCAGAUCGAAAGAUAGAAAACAUCCACAUAGGGGAAAAAAAACUUCCUAUAGGCAUGCAAAUGCAUGUCUUUAAUCCAAUAGACUCUCUUGAGCCUGAGGCAUCCAUUACUGUUUCAAUGGGUAUUGACUUUUGUGAUUCUACACAGACUGCCAGUUUCCAGUUGUGCACCAAGGAUGAUUGUUUCAAUGUUAAUAUUCAGCCAUCUGUUGGAGAACUACUUUUACCUGUUGCCAUUUCAGAGAAAGAUUUUAAGAAAGAACAAGGAAUGCUAACAGGAAUGAAUGAAACCUCUGCUGUGGUCAUCACUGCACCACAGAAUUUCACUCCCUCCAUGAUCCUUCAAAAGGUUGUGAAUGUAGCCAACGUCGGCCCAGUGCCUUCUGGCCAAGAUAAUAUACACAGGUUUGCAGCUAAAACUGUGCACAGUGGGUCAUUGAUGCUGGUCACAGUGGAACUGAAGGAAGGCUCCACAGCCCAGCUUAUCAUCAACACUGAGAAAACUGUGAUUGGUUCUGUUCUGCUGCGGGAGCUGAAGCCUGUCCUGUCCCAGGGGUAACCUGCUUACAUCUGGACUUCAGAACCUGGCACACAACAAAAGUGCCUGGCAUCCACUACUGCUGCCUUUCAUUUAUAAUAAUAGCCCUUCCAUCUGGCAGUGGGGGAAGAAUACACUCUUGACAUUCUUGUCUCCUGCUUUAGAAUGCUAGUGUGUAUCUAUCAUGUAUGCAAUACUUUCCCCUCUUCACUUUGCUAACCAAAGAACAGAUAGAUAUUUUACUGUCAGUUAUCUCAACUCUUGAAUCCAUGUGGCAUUUUCUCUGUCUUCCUACUUCCUUAUCUUCCUUCUCUUUUCUAUCAAUGAUGAAUAUGAAUCAAGUAUUUAAAGUAUAUUGGAAACCAUCUUUCCUUCAGCAGUAAGCAAAAAUUAGCAAAGAAAUAGUCUAAAUUGUCUUUCAGCCUGGUAUAUGAAAAUGAGAUAAUACCUUUUAGAAUUAAAUGCAAAAGCAUGGUCUGCAAAAUUUUUUUCUUUGAAUUUUCUGGUAUUAUAAUUGGUUAUUGACAGCUGUCAUCAUGUUAUCCCCAAAUAAUAAGAUGAAUAAACUAGCAUAUGAACACCA